GGAUUGGAAGGUUGGCGCGCUCCUUGAGUAGUGACGUGUUUCGCUCGUCUCUCAGCUUUUGGAUUUUUCCACAAUGAAAAACUCCCACUUGCAAUACUCAAUCUAAAAACAUCGAACGUUUGCAGCACUUCUGUCCGUCCACGCACCUCACCCCUGCGCAUUCGUCAGCUCACUCCUCAACAGUUGAAAAUUGGCAUUAUUAUUCCUUUGAACCAACCGGUCUACCUCCUGUCAGUGGUUCUUGGGCGUUUCAACUGCCAAACUGCCUUAGCUCUCGGUUCUCCUCGGAGGUCAUUCCCCAGGAAAUAUCUUUCCUGGUUAUACAUACGCAUCUGGAGCUUACGGUUAAACUCGUUGGUCAAGAGCAGAGGAUCAAGUGACAAGUGUCUGAAGGUACCUACACAGACAGGAGUCAUGGCAGUUCUCUAAACUUCCCAGCAACCCGUAGCUCCCUAAUCACUCUACAAAUUACAACCUACUAACCCACAAAACAUCCACCUCACCGAAGCUAAAAGCAAGAAAGCAGAGGGGAUUUCCUCGUCCACUGCAGGAGUAAACCGAACAACUGGAACCAAGCCCUAAGAACUAGACGCGAGAGAUCAAAAACUACCAGUUUUCUACGCUCGCACUAUCAAUAUUGGAUAAUAUUGGAUAUUGGAUUUGGUUGAGGAAAAGAGGAAGUAGAAGGUUUUACAGUGAUUCAUAUCAAACCAGCGUAAUGGACACGCGUUGUUAGGCUAAUAUAAGAAAUUUUUCUGUUUUCCUAGCAUUAGAAUGACAUAUCUCCUCUACAACAACUCAUCAGCAGACUAUACAAAAAGCUAUUGCUAAUCAAAUGUUGCUUUGAAGCCAACUGUAUAAAUGCUUGUCAAUGAGUCACAAAGGUUAUUAGAUGAAGUAAUCACGAAGCUUAGUUGGACAAAUGAGUUUAUUUCAAAUGCAUCCAAGUAUGAACGAUGCUCUUAUGCCGAAAAUCACUGGAUUCCCACGAAAUCAAUCCACAAACAUAAUAACUACUGUUCACUGCGUCAACAAGGCUAUCUUAAAGACGAAAUAAAUUCAAUGGUUCCGAGUGCUGAUGUCUGUGUUUCCGAGUAUCCUCAGCCUACAUCCGACUGGACUAAUGAUCCAUCUUGGAUUAUGAACAUGGAAGCAUUUUUCACUGAUAAAUCCCAUCGAUCAUCGAAUACUGCAUCACAAGAUGCAUCGAAGUUGGAAGUUUUGUCUAUGAUGCGAGACGCUAAACGACGUCGUCAAAGUUACCGAGGAAUACACACGGCAAGAAAAUCAUACACAGAGGUUCUACGUGAAAUUAUAGCACAACAAACUGAAAUAUUGUCAUCUACCCAAGAAUCGAUGAAAAGAUCUUCGGAUAAAAGGUCCAGUAGUGUGGAGUCAUUUCGAAUCGAACAAGAAGCUGUCAAAAGAAAAUCUGACUCUUACAAAUGCAACUUGACAAAUUACUCCCAGUUGAACAAUCCUCCUGGAGACAGUCGUCAUGGCAAUGAAAGAUAUUCCAGACCCACUUCCAAACACAAAUACGACUCACCGAAGCGAGAUAUAAAGCGAUCAGUUUCUAAACGGCAUACUUCCAGUUCAUACCAUCAUAGCUGUAAUGAUGAUGAUGAUGUUGAUAUUGUUGGCAGUGUUGAUUUAUCGAAACAUGAAAGACCGAAAAAGCAUAAAAAACAUUCUAAACAGAAGCAUAAACAUAAACACAAACAUAGAAGUAAAUAGUUAAGCUUGUUCUUCAUCUGU